AUGUCGUCCGUCUCUUUCCCUAUUGGUGGUGCGUACGGAGGCCUGAACGGCUACUGGGGACAACUUGGAAGCGAACCCCUAAAGGCCUACUGUGACUCCCGUCCCGAGUAUGUGACGCUGUCUUUUGUCAACCAGGCCCCUGAGAACACUGUAUCUGGCUAUCCCGGUACCAAUUUUGCUGGACACUGCGCGGCUGGUACAUAUGAAGGCUCAGACCUUCUCACCGAGUGUUAUGUCAUCAUGGAGGGCAUUCCUUACUGUCAAGACCGUGGUGUCAAGGUACUCCUGAGCAUCGGUGGAGUCUAUAAUGAACAGGGAAGCAACUACAAGGUUACUUCUGAUGAGAAGGGAGUUGAGUUUGCCAACUUCCUUCACGGCGCUUUUGGCCCUUGGGAUCCAAACUGGGAUGGCCCUCGCCCUUUUGAUAGCGGGGAUGAAUCUGCAUCUAUCCGCCCUGCUGUUGAUGGUUUCGACUUUGAUAUCGAGCAUGACCUUCCUAACGGACCCUAUAUUGCCAUGAUCAACCAACUUCGCUCACUCAGAGAAGACAUCAUCAUUACCGGUGCUCCCCAAUGCCCUACUAGCGAUGAAUACUUCUAUAUGAGCGAGAUGAUCAGCCAAGCCAAGUUCGAUGCCCUUUUUGUCCAGUUCUACAACAACCCUGGCUGCGAUGCGAUUCCAGACCCUUCAGUAUCUUGGGAUCGAUUCAACUACGACGACUGGGCGGCUAUCAUUGAUUCGAGCGAUUACAGUCAGGGCGCCAAGCUGUACGUCGGUCUUCCUGCCAGUGGCGAUGCGGCUGGCUCUGGUUAUCUUGAGCCCGAGGAAAUGAAGGAUCUUGUCUGUAGAAUCAAGAACAAGGCUCACUUCGGCGGUAUCUCCCUUUGGGACCUGACCCGCGGUGCUUCGAACUUGGUUGAUGGUAAGAACUACAACGAGCAUGUCAUGGACGCCCUCAAGUAUGGCUGUGCUCCUGUUCCCGUUAUCAGCAUUACCACUACGGAGGCGGCCUCGACCACCACUUAUGCUACAACGACUGUGGCCACAACUGCUGACACAACUACCACUGAUGUAUCCUCGAGCGCUGAUGCCACGACCACUUCUGGCGCUUCUACUGUCUCUGGCAGCAUCACUACUUCAGCUGUGUCUGCUACCUCUGAUACCAUGACCGCUUCCGACGCCUCUACUACCUCCGAUGCCUCUUCUACUGAUGCAUCUUCAACUGCUGACGCCUCUACCGCCUCUGAUGCUUCUUCUACCGAAGAUGCCACAACGACCGGCAUGGCUACUGCUGAUACCACCACUGCUUCAGGUGCUUCUUCAACCGAAGAUUCUACAGCUAGCUCCGACACCUCCGCUGCUUCUGAUGCCAUCACAACACAGGCCACCUCUGCUAGCGAUGCAUCCACUGCCGCCGAUGUCACUUCAGUCGUCGAAACAGGUUCCACAGCUACCGAUUCGUCAACCGACUCUGCUGGAGCUUCCACAGUCAUUGUUAACUCGAACACCGAUGCUUCCUCCACCAUCGAGUCGAUAGUUACCACCGAGGCUUCUGUCACUACUGGUGCAGUUACUGCCUCAACUACUGAUGCUUCACCUGAGAGCAACACAGUUACCGACACCGCUCAGACAACUGAUAAGGUGGAGGCCACUGAGUCAACUGCCAUGGCUACUGAGACUGCCCAAGAAACCGAGUCUACAGAUGCUGCAACCACUUUCAGUACCUUCCACGGCUGGAACAACACCUAUGGUGCUCCCACUCAUACCCAGAAAUACGGCAACCCAGCUACCAUUAUUUACUCUGGCGCUGCUACUAAGGGCUCACCUGCCUACACCAACUACCCUGGUAAGACAACUGGUGUCAGCAUGACUACUAGCACCGUCUGCACGACCAGAGUCCAUACUGAGGGUGCCUACGUUGUCACUGAGACAAUCCCUCUGUACACAACUGUUUGCCCAGUCACUAAGAAGGCGUCGCCCACUCAUUAUGCUGUGCCCUCUCAGUAUGAGACCAAGACGGUUUAUACCACCAGUGUCUACACCGUCACCAAAUGUCCUCCAGAGGUCGCCAACUGCCCCUAUGGAUCUGUCACUACCGAGACCAUUCCUGUCUACACCACCGUUUGCCCUGCGACAGAGACGGGCAAGGUUGUCCCUACCAACAUUCCCGCUCACCACGAGAUCAAGACUCUGUACACAAGUCAGGCUCUCACCGUCACUCAGUGUUCUCGCGAUGAGCCCAACUGUGUUGUUGGCGCUGUUAAGACUGAAAUUGCUUCUUGGACUACAGCUAUUGUGCCUGCCCAGGAGACUCAGCCCGCCAAGGUCUACAAGCCUGUUGUUGACGUCCCCAAGGCGAUGACCCAGGGAGCUCACUUCAACGGUACAGCCCAUACCAGUGUCGUUCCCCCUCCUGCCACUCUCAAGACAGCCAUGAAGCCUGUUGCUUUCGAGCAAGCCAAGCCUACAUACAAGCAGCCUGUUCAGGAGCAGCACUCUGGUGCCGCUGCUCCUACUGGUGCCCACGGCGGAGAGAAUUACGAGACGGUCCCAGCCUCAGCGGCAACCUAUGCUCCUACCCCGAUGACACCCGUCACUGCCGGCGCUUCUUCUAUGGUUGUCGGGUUGACCGCCGUGGCAGGUAUUGCACUUUUCCAGGUGCUUGCGCUGUAG